AGGCGAUGGAGAACUACGAGCCCCCACCACCGCCGCACUCGACGCCUUCUCAAGCGUCCCAGGAGCCGGUGUGCCUGUGUUCGCGGGGCGAAAACAGCAGCAACGGAGACGUCGAGGGCUACGUGCACCUUCACAAUCCACACCUGGCGAAGCUCGGCUCGGACCAUCUCUACCACCUGGCCCUCUCCACCACCACUCAUUCUCUGGUGGACAUGUUUGGUGAUGUCAAGCAUGGAAUGGGUGCGCCAUCAAUGUCUAUCCUGUUGCACGAGGUGUUCAAGCUGCUGCACUACGCCCGCUGCCGGGAUGUGCUGAUGUUCCGAAUUGGCACCAGUGGAGGUGUCGGUGUGCCUCCUGGUUCGGUAGUCGUGAGCACCGGCGUUGUGAAUGGUCUCCUCCGAGAGGAAGUCGACAUGCACGUGCUCGGCAAGCUCGUGUCCCGUCCUACCAAGCUGGACGUAAAGCUGGCCGAGGAGAUUGCAGCCGAGGCCCGCCGCUCGCUGUCCGGAAUCAAUGUGGUCUUGGGAAAGACAAUGUCUACCGACGACUUCUACGAAAGCCAGGGCCGGAUGAACGGUGCCUUCUGCGACUACACGGACCAGGAGGAGCUGCAGUUCCUGGAGAAACUACGCUCCGUUGGUGUGGUGAACAUAGAAAUGGAGGCCGCCCUUUUUGCUGCCUUUUGCCAUCGUGCUGGCAUCAAAGGUGCUGUGGUGUGCGGAAUCUUUCAGGACCGCCUGAAAACUGAACGAGCCACCGAGCCUCAGAGCGUGAUCACCGAGUGGCAACUACGCUCCCAGCACGUGGUGUUGUGCUUCAUACAGCACCGUCUGGCUACUGCCGGGUCGUCAUCCUAGUUACUUCACUAACACACUCAUCCUUCAUCACCAUUUUGAGUUCAGUAAACUAUCCAGACAGAAAGAAAAACUUACGAGUGCCAAACGGUUUUUUGUCUUAAAAUUCAUAAAUAGGGGUUGUCUGCUUGAGCCAUACGCUCUUGCCACUUUUGCUCGAGCACGCAACCACUGUCCAUGGUCCCGCCGCGGUGGUCUAGUGGCUAA